AUGGUUUGGUCUACUGCCGCUGACAAUCCUAUGCUACCGCUUUUUCUUGCCAUUGUCAACAUGCUCGUUAUAUUUUUGCUUAUACUAGCAUGCCUUAGUGUAGAGUUCUUCCGAAUACAAGUACGAAGAGAAGAUAGUAAAUGGGAGACAAGAUUUUUUGUACCUUACUCGUGGAGAUACUCGAUAUGCGAAGCGCAUAUAGCACGAGCCUGUCUAUUAUGUGCCAACAUCACUAUUAUGGCAUUCGACAAUGACUUUGAUACGGGCUCCGUUAUCGUACUUGCUGCUACUCCGAUACAUCUCAUAUUAGUUUCUAUACAUAUCUUCAUUGCUGUUAAGCCUAAACGUGAAUAA